UCCACAGUGUAGAUCAGGAAAAGGGAGGGGAACGGUCGGUGGCCGUUCAACUUAGGAGUAAAGAAAAGUAAAUCGAGCAUAAAGUCAGCCUACCACUGAGGUCCAAGGGACAUCGCCUUCGGAGACUUUCCGGUCACCGUUGGCGGCCUGACCAGACUCGUGGCAACAAUUUACAGGCUGUUCCUGCUCACAAAGCGGCGUGCCGACGAAGGACGCGUCUCUUUGAAUAGACAGGAUGCACGGACCGCCCUCCGGCGACAGCGCAUGCCCAUUGCGCACGAUCAAGAGAGUUCAGUUCGGCAUCAUCAGCCCAGAUGAGCUUAAACGGAUGUCAGUUACAGAAGGGGGAAUUAAGUACCCCGAAACAACAGAAGGUGGGCGCCCUAAACUUGGUGGCCUUAUGGACCCCAGGCAAGGUGUUAUUGAACGGAGUGGGAGAUGUCAGACUUGUGCAGGGAACAUGACAGAAUGUCCAGGCCACUUUGGACAUAUAGAAUUGGCCAAACCAGUUUUUCAUGUUGGCUUUGUAACAAAGAUAAUGAAGGUUUUACGCUGUGUCUGUUUCUUUUGCUCAAAGCUGUUAGUGGAUGCAAACAAUCCAAAGAUCAAAGACAUUCUUGCCAAGUCUAAAGGGCAACCCAGAAAACGACUGACACACGUUUAUGAACUCUGCAAAGGCAAAAAUAUCUGUGAAGGUGGAGAGGAGAUGGACAACAAGUUUGGGAUGGAGCAGCAGGAGACUGAAGAGGACAUUACUAAGGAAAAGGGUCAUGGGGGCUGUGGGCGUUACCAGCCACGCAUCAGGCGAUCUGGUCUGGAGCUGUAUGCUGAGUGGAAGCACGUGAAUGAAGAUUCUCAGGAGAAAAAAAUCCUUCUUAGUCCAGAGCGUGUCCAUGAAAUCUUCAAACGCAUCUCAGAUGAAGAGGACAUCAUCUUGGGUAUGGAUCCGAAGUUUGCUCGCCCUGAAUGGAUGAUUGUGACUGUUUUGCCUGUGCCUCCACUGGCUGUUCGUCCUGCUGUGGUCAUGCAGGGUUCCGCACGCAACCAGGAUGAUUUGACCCAUAAACUGGCUGAUAUUGUCAAAAUUAAUAAUCAGCUUAGAAGAAAUGAGCAGAGUGGUGCUGCAGCUCAUGUUAUUGCUGAGGAUGUUAAACUUCUCCAAUUCCAUGUAGCCACCAUGGUGGACAAUGAGCUCCCAGGACUGCCCAGGGCAAUGCAAAAAUCUGGUCGCCCUCUAAAAUCCAUCAAGCAGCGUCUAAAGGGAAAGGAAGGAAGAGUCCGAGGUAAUCUUAUGGGCAAGCGUGUGGACUUCUCUGCUCGAACUGUUAUUACACCUGAUCCCAAUCUGCAAAUUGACCAAGUCGGUGUCCCAAGAUCUAUAGCAGCCAACAUGACUUUUCCUGAAAUUGUUACUCCCUUCAACAUUGACAGAUUACAAGAGCUGGUGCGAAGAGGAAACAGUCAGUACCCAGGAGCCAAAUACAUAAUUCGAGACAAUGGAGACAGAAUUGAUUUGCGAUUUCACCCAAAACCAAGUGACCUUCAUUUGCAGAUUGGCUAUAAGGUUGAAAGACACAUGUGCGAUGGAGACAUUGUCAUCUUUAAUCGUCAGCCUACACUUCACAAAAUGUCCAUGAUGGGGCACAGAGUACGAAUUCUUCCGUGGUCAACAUUUCGACUAAAUCUCAGUGUCACCACACCAUAUAAUGCUGAUUUUGAUGGUGAUGAGAUGAACUUGCACCUGCCCCAGUCUCUGGAGACAAGAGCAGAGAUCCAGGAGCUGGCCAUGGUGCCCCGUAUGAUUGUGACACCUCAGUCCAACAGACCCGUCAUGGGUAUUGUGCAGGACACACUCACAGCAGUGCGCAAAUUUACCAAAAGAGAUGUCUUCUUAGAGCGGGGUGAAGUCAUGAACCUUCUCAUGUUCUUGUCCACCUGGGAUGGUAAAAUGCCCCAGCCUGCCAUUCUCAAACCUCGUCCUCUGUGGACAGGAAAGCAGAUCUUCAGCCUUAUCAUUCCUGGACACAUCAAUGUCAUCCGUACACACAGCACUCAUCCAGAUGAUGAAGAUAGUGGUCCAUACAAGCACAUUUCACCUGGUGACACCAAGGUUAUUGUGGAGAACGGCGAGUUGAUAAUGGGAAUUCUUUGCAAGAAAUCCUUGGGAACUUCAGCUGGUUCUCUCGUCCACAUCUCAUAUCUGGAGAUGGGUCAUGAUAUUACCAGACUGUUCUACUCCAACAUUCAAACUGUGGUCAACAAUUGGCUUCUGAUUGAGGGUCAUUCAAUCGGUAUUGGUGACUCCAUUGCUGAUGCAAAGACAUAUCUUGACAUUCAGAAUACAAUCAAGAAAGCCAAACAGGACGUGAUAGAAGUUAUUGAAAAAGCUCACAAUAACGAACUGGAACCAACUCCUGGUAACACACUAAGGCAGACGUUUGAGAACCAGGUGAAUCGUAUUCUCAACGAUGCUCGAGACAAAACUGGAUCCUCUGCCCAGAAGUCAUUGUCUGAGUACAACAACUUCAAGUCCAUGGUGGUGGCAGGUUCAAAGGGUUCCAAAAUUAACAUCUCACAGGUUAUUGCUGUGGUGGGACAACAGAACGUGGAGGGUAAACGAAUCCCCUUCGGCUUCAAACACCGCACACUGCCCCACUUUAUUAAGGAUGAUUAUGGUCCUGAGAGCAGAGGCUUUGUAGAGAACUCAUACCUGGCUGGACUGACACCAACUGAGUUUUUCUUCCACGCCAUGGGAGGAAGAGAGGGUCUGAUCGACACAGCUGUCAAAACAGCUGAGACAGGUUACAUCCAGCGUCGUCUGAUCAAAUCUAUGGAGUCGGUCAUGGUAAAGUACGACGGCACUGUCAGAAAUUCAAUCAACCAAGUGGUACAGCUGCGUUAUGGUGAGGACGGACUGGCUGGAGAGAAUGUGGAGUUUCAAAACUUAGCAACAGUUAAGCCCUCACACAAAGCCUUUGAAAAGAAGUUCAGAUUUGAUUGUACCAAUGAGCGAGCACUGAGGCGGACACUACAGGAAGAUAUUGUAAAAGAUGUGUUGACCAAUGCCCAUGUUCAGAGUGCCUUGGAAAGAGAGUUUGAAAAGAUGAGAGAAGAUCGCGAUGUCCUCAGAGCCAUUUUCCCUACUGGUGACAGCAAGGUGGUCCUUCCUUGCAAUUUGGCUAGAAUGAUCUGGAAUGCUCAGAAGAUCUUCCGUAUUAACACACGAACCCCAACAGAUCUACAUCCAUUGAGAGUGGUUGACGGGCUGAAGGAUCUCAGUAAGAAGCUGAUCAUUGUAAACGGCGAUGACCCUCUGAGCAGACAGGCCCAAGAAAAUGCCACUCUGCUUUUUAACAUCCACCUGCGCUCCACCCUCUGCUCCCGGCGAAUGACAGAGGAGUUCCGUCUCUCCACCGAGGCUUUCGAUUGGCUGCUGGGAGAGAUCGAGACCAAAUUCAACCAGUCAAUCGCUCAUCCCGGAGAGAUGGUUGGUGCCCUGGCUGCUCAGUCUUUGGGAGAGCCUGCCACUCAGAUGACACUGAACACUUUCCAUUACGCUGGUGUGUCCGCCAAGAACGUAACUCUGGGUGUGCCUCGUUUAAAAGAGUUGAUCAACAUCUCGAAGAGGCCCAAGACUCCUUCACUGACUGUGUUCCUGUUGGGACAAGCAGCAAGAGAUGCUGAGCGCGCCAAGGACAUUCUUUGCAGACUAGAGCACACAACACUUAGAAAGGUGACUGCAAAUACUGCCAUCUACUAUGACCCCAACCCUCAGAACACGGUGGUGGCAGAGGACCAGGAGUGGGUGAACGUGUACUAUGAGAUGCCCGACUUUGAUGUGACUCGUAUUUCACCAUGGCUGCUGCGCAUUGAGCUCGAUCGCAAACACAUGACUGAUCGCAAGCUGACCAUGGAGCAGAUCGCAGAAAAGAUCAAUGCAGGUUUUGGAGAUGAUUUGAACUGUAUCUUCAAUGACGACAAUGCUGAGAAGUUGGUGUUGCGAAUAAGAAUUAUGAACAGCGAUGAAAACAAGUUCCAAGACGAUGAGGAGGUGGUGGAUAAAAUGGAUGAUGAUGUUUUUCUGAGAUGCAUUGAGUCCAACAUGCUGACGGACAUGACUCUUCAGGGAAUUGAACAGAUCAGCAAGGUGUACAUGCAUCUGCCUCAGACAGACAACAAGAAGAAGAUCAUCAUCACAGAGGACGGAGAGUUCAAGGCCCUGCAGGAGUGGAUCCUAGAGACAGACGGCGUGAGUCUGAUGAGAGUUCUGAGUGAGAAGGACGUAGACCCUGUCAGAACCACCUCCAACGACAUUGUGGAGAUCUUUACGGUUUUGGGAAUUGAAGCAGUGCGUAAGGCUCUGGAGAGAGAGUUGUACCACGUCAUCUCCUUCGACGGUUCUUAUGUGAACUAUCGUCACUUGGCUUUGCUUUGUGACACCAUGACCUGCAGGGGGCAUUUAAUGGCCAUCACACGUCACGGUAUCAAUCGGCAGGACACAGGCCCACUCAUGAAAUGCUCUUUUGAGGAAACUGUGGAUGUGUUGAUGGAGGCCUCGUCUCAUGGUGAGGUGGAUCCAAUGAAGGGUGUGUCUGAGAACAUCAUGCUUGGACAGCUUGCUCCAGCAGGAACAGGCUGCUUUGACUUGCUGUUGGAUGCUGAGAAGUGCAAAUAUGGCAUGGAAAUCCCCACAAAUAUACCUGGCAUCAGUGUGGCUGGACCCACUGGAAUGUUCUUUGGCUCAGUGCCUAGUCCGAUGAGCGGCAUGUCACCUGCCAUGACCCCCUGGAACACAGGAGCCACCCCGGCCUAUGGAGCCUGGUCUCCCAGUGUUGGAAGUGGCAUGACUCCAGGAGCAGCAGGCUUUUCACCCAGUGGAGCGUCUGAUGCCAGUGGGUACUCUCCUGGGUACUCGCCCGCCUGGUCCCCCACUCCAGGCUCUCCAGGGUCACCAGGCCCUGCAAGCCCGUACAUUCCUUCUCCAGGAGGAGCCAUGUCUCCCAAUUAUUCUCCCACUUCUCCUGCCUACGAGCCACGUUCUCCUGGUGGAUACACGCCUCAGAGUCCAGGCUAUUCUCCGACCUCUCCCUCCUACUCCCCAACUUCUCCCUCUUACUCCCCCACAAGCCCCAACUACAGCCCCACAUCCCCGUCCUACUCCCCCACUUCCCCCAGUUACUCCCCAACCUCUCCCUCGUAUUCACCCACGUCUCCCUCUUACUCCCCUACGUCCCCUUCCUACUCGCCCACCUCCCCCUCCUACUCCCCCACCUCCCCCUCUUAUUCCCCCACAUCGCCUAGUUACAGCCCCACGUCGCCUAGUUACAGCAGCCCCACCUCCCCCAGUUACUCCCCCACCUCUCCUUCAUACUCUCCCACGUCCCCCUCUUACUCCCCUACGUCCCCUUCGUACUCCCCCACCUCUCCGUCUUACUCCCCCACCUCCCCCUCCUACUCCCCCACCAGCCCCAGCUACAGCCCUACGUCGCCCAACUACACCCCAACAUCGCCCAGUUACUCUCCCACUUCCCCCUCUUACUCACCCACGUCCCCCUCUUACUCCCCCACCUCUCCAAACUAUACUCCGACCAGCCCCAACUACUCCCCCACCUCCCCUUCCUACUCCCCCACCUCACCAUCCUACUCGCCCUCCAGCCCGCGCUACACGCCGCAGUCUCCGACUUACACCCCCAGCUCACCGUCAUACAGCCCGAGCUCCCCGUCAUACUCACCCACAUCUCCCAAAUACACCCCCACCUCUCCGUCCUACAGCCCCAGCUCUCCAGAGUACACCCCCACAUCGCCGAAAUACUCGCCUACAUCACCAAAAUAUUCCCCCACUUCGCCCAAGUACUCACCAACCUCUCCGACUUACUCACCGACUACACCCAAAUACAGCCCCACCUCUCCCACCUACUCGCCCACAUCUCCCACCUACACCCCCACCAGCCCCAAAUAUUCUCCUACGUCACCUACCUAUUCGCCAACCUCACCCAAAUACUCCCCAACCUCCCCCACCUACUCCCCCACCAGUCCUAAAGGCUCCACCUACAGCCCCACAUCGCCUGGAUACAGCCCCACAUCGCCCACUUACAGCCCGGCCAUCAGCCCUGAUGAUAGCGAUGAGGAGAACAACUGAGUGGCGCCGAAAUGGUUGAUGGGACCCCCACCUCCCUGGCCUCUCUCCACAAAUAGGACAGCGUCUUUGAGCCUGCUGUAGGACGAGAAGCCCAGUCUGAAGAAUAAAAUGUAGUUGAAACUUUAAUGUAAAAAAAAAAAAAAGACUUGAACUGCUUUGCCUGAGAAAAAAAGGCUGCCUUUUGAAACUAGUUUUUUCAAUUUUCACAUGGGGUGUUGAAGUUGUAAACUACAGGCCCAGGAGGGUUUGAAAUGCAGAGGAAGAUGCACAAAGUGUCUAACUUUACAGUUUACGGCAGCCUGUCUCUCUACUGUUCUCCAGCAGUGUUCUAUGUUGCCAAACCAACCUGAUGCAAGUCAAGAAUCAGUAAAAUAAGACAUCCAAACUUUUGCGUUUUUGAAGUUUUCAGAAGUAUAUAUUUGUCUGUUACUUUUGAAGAAUACGUUCAACAACUCAAUGAUGACAGAUUCAGGAGUAACUGGAGAGAGACACUGGCUUGGGCUUGUCAAUACAGACCAUAUAAACUACAUGAGUGUAUGUAGGCAUUGCUCUUCCUACUUCUCACCCUUAAAACACCUACAAGAUGUCACGUUACAUCUACCAGCAUCCUCCUGUCUUGCAUCAAAAGCAAAAACAAAACACUUCCAUAUAUUUCUUCCCUUUACAAUGGGAAUAAAAAAGUUUAUAUGAAAAUAGAAGUCAGAAUGAUUGUUCUGUCUUUAAUUUUGAUUCUAGAAAGAAAUGGGGCUUGUGGAUUACAAAGUUGCUGCUUCUGUUACUGUUUGCAUGAGUAGCAAAUGUUAAUACAGUUUAAUCAAGCUUUAGGUUGAUCUUUUUCAAAAUCCUUCUGCUUUAUAAUUGUUGCCCCAUUUCUGAUAGCUGACAUGUAUUCAUUUUGUUUUAUUUGGGAAAUUCACUUUAUUUAAGACAAAUAACUAUUAUUCUGUGUGAAUACAAAUAGAGCAAAAUAAGAAUUUUGUUUUUCUUGUUUGCUUUUGGUGACUUGUAAAUCUGUUGGCAAGAGGCCCAUGUUCUCUACCGUGAAUGAAGGGUCAGGGGACCAUAGGAUAACUCUUUUCUAAUGUUCUUUCCAAAACAUUUAAUUUUGCCUUGCAUUUUUAGAAUGCCAAAGGCCAUUUCAUCGUCUUUUCCACACAACAGGGUAACAGUCAAGUUUCCAUCAGAAAACAUUGUCUGAAUGAAACACCUCUGCAAAGUGACUCAUAUUUAUUUCCUUUUUUAUGAAGUAUUGGCUGGUUCUCCUCUUCCCCUUCAUCCACUGUUGGUCCCAAUUUCUGAAAUCAGUGUUUUUUUGUUUUUUGUUUUUUUUUCUACGAAUGUUUGUACCUGUGACUAGGGAAAUCGUGGGGUGGGUGUUUCUGAUGUUACUGGGAGUCCUGUAGUUGGGUACCCAAUUCUUAAUAGCCUUUCAUUUUCAGUUAGACUGCCUUAAAUCGACAGUUUGGUUCGGUCACUGCACUUACUAAACUGGAGGGUUGAUGUUUUCCAUAGUCUCCCCCAGUUGCACCCACUGCUGCUGUCUUAAGUGCGCUGUUUAUAGUGAGUUUGGGACAUCGGGACUCCUGGCAGUGUGAAUGUGAGAGUGCCAGGCCAGGCACGGUUCAAGAAAGACUUGACAUGUCUCGGCAAAGACGAAGGUUUAACUUAAUUGCCACUGUAUAGAAAUCAGCUCAUAAUCUCAUUCUUUGUGUCUCUGUUCUGUUUGUUUUUGGACUUGGAAAAAUUAAUAAAAACGUUUUACUAUA